AAUGCACUCAGCAUUCCGGAGAUUCACCUGUUUUGUAGCAACAAUUUUCGCUGUACUUAUUGCAAGCGGUAACAGUGCGCGAACUAAAGUUUUAGUAGUUGAAAAACUGGCCACUUGCAGUGCUCCCAACUCCGAUAAAUAUGUUAUCAGGCUUCCAAAUCCUCUCAACUUUACAUCCGUGAACAACAAACUUCAAAUUUAUGGAAACCUAACCGUCAUGGAAGUUAUCCAAGAACCACUUGAGGUCGUUUUCGUCACCAACCGAUGCUCUCUGGAUAUGAAAACGUGCGAACCUUUCAACAAGAGAACACUGCCGCGCAUUUGUUCCUACAUCAAUGAGGAGAAAGGAAGUUGGGCCACAUUUUUCCGAAGCUUCGAGCCGGAUGUGCGAUGUCCGAUUAAACCGAAUGUGUAUACAUUUGGGAACAUAUCCGUCGAUUUGACGUUUGCUACGAUUUUCGCCCUUGAUGGGUACCGCUGGCAGGCUUAUUUGAAACUGUUUUCGAGUGGAAAACAGAAACGAGAGUUAUUAUGUGUUUCGGUCCAAUUUUGGAUGAAAUGGGUUAAACGAGCGUAGGUGGAGGCAAUGUGAAAUAGAAGGUUGUAAAAUGUAUGAAAUAUAUUGGUCCAACAUCUUUGGUAAGAUAUCAGACACACAAUGAGUGAGCUCAGAUCCUAUAGUAGACCUUUCUUGUAAAAAGCCCAGUGUCUUACAACCCUUUCGCAAGAAAAUUCUUUAAGAGUGACAGCAAAAAGCUGCGCUUGAGCUGGAAUUAACAUUAGGCUGCGAGAUGCCAGAAAC